AUGAAACUUUCUCAUCUUCAUCCUCACCCUCACCCUUUCCCUCGCAUCUCAAACCCACACCACCAUUCAACACCACCCUUCACUUUCUCUAUCUCUUUCUCUUCCAAUUCCAACUUCAAAUUCCCCACUCUUUGCACCUCCCCUUCCUCCACAACACACCACCCUCUCCCUCACAGUUUCACUUCCUCCCAACUCCUCCACCUCCUCCGCAGCCAAAACGACCAACCCUCAUUCAUUCAAACCUUUCAACUCGCCUCUAACCACCCCGAUUUCACACCCAAUUCAUCCUUUUACGAUGAAAUCCUUCUUCAUCUUACCCAAUCCUCCUCCUUUGAUUCCAUCACAACCGUUCUCAAACAAAUGAAAUCUUCCGGUUUCAUCCCAAAAGCCAACACUUUUGCUACUCUCAUCCAUGGUUUUACCCAUUUUCAAGAAAUUGAACGAGUGCUUCAUAUCAUGGAAAGUGAAUUAGGUUUUAAAUCAGAUACCAAAUUCUACAAUCUAGCUCUGAAUGCUCUUGUUGAGGAUAACAAGCUUAAGUUAGUAGAAAUGCUGCAUUCGAAGAUGGUUUCUGAGGGUGUACCUCUUGAUGUUUCUACUUUUAAUGUUUUGAUCAAGGCUUUGUGUAAUGCUCAUCAAUUAAGACCUGCAAUUUUGAUGCUUGAGGAUAUGGUGAAUCAUGGUGGGUUGAAACCUAAUGAGAAAACUUUCACUACUUUGAUGCAGGGUUUUAUUGAAGAGGGUGAUUUGAAUGGUGCUUUGAGGAUAAGAAAACAAAUGGUGGGGUAUGGUUGUUUGUUAACACAUGUUUCUGUGAAUGUUUUGGUCAAUGGUUUUUGCAAACAAGGUCGCGUUGAGGAAGCUCUUAGAUUCAUUCAUGGGGUUUCUCAGGAAGGGCUUUUCCCUGAUCAGGUUACUUUUAAUACUUUGGUGAAAGGGUUGUGUAGAAACGGAAAUGUUAAUGAUGCUUUGGAAAUUGUGGAUUUUAUGACUGAGAAUGGGUUUGAUCCUGAUGUGUAUACAUAUAACUCCUUGAUAUCUGGAAUGUGUAGAUUGGGUGAAUACGAUAAGGCAAUAGAACUUUUGCAACAGAUGAUUUUGAGAAAUUGUUCUCCAAAUACUGUAACUUUCAAUACACUUAUUAGUGCCUUGUGUAAGGAGAAUGAAAUUGACGCGGCCACUGAACUUGCCCGAAUUCUUGUUAGCAAGGGGAUGUUGCCGGACGUUUGUACUUUCAAUACUUUGAUACAGGGUUUAUGCUUGACUAAGAACCGGGAGAUUGCAAUGGAGCUGUUUGAAGACAUGAAAAAGAAAGGGUGUCAACCUGACGAGUUCACGUACAGUAUAUUGAUCAACAGUCUGUGUUCUGAACGGAGGCUUAAAGAAGCAUUGACACUGUUGAAAGAAAUGGAGUUAAGUGGCUGUGCUAGGAAUGUUGUAGUGUACAAUACUUUGAUAGAUGGUUUAUGUAAAAGCAGAAGGGUUGAAGAAGCAGAGGAGAUCUUUGAUCAGAUGGAACUUUUGGGGGUGUCGAGAAGUUCAGUAACGUAUAACACCCUUAUUGAUGGUCUUUGUAGAAACCAGAGAGUCGAAGAAGCUUCUCAACUUUUGGAUCAGAUGAUAAUGGAAGGAUUAAAGCCUGACAAAUUCACUUAUAAUUCAUUGCUUACAUAUUUCUGCAGAGUUGGAGAUAUAGAGAAAGCAGCUGAUAUUGUGCAAUCUAUGAAUUCAAAUGGAUGUGAACCGGAUAUUGUUACCUAUGCUACUCUUAUUGGUGGAUUAUGUAAAGCUGGUAGAGCAGAGGUUGCAAGUAAGCUUCUUCGAUCUGUUCAGAUGAAAGGUAUUGUCUUGACCCCACAUGCUUAUAACCCUGUGAUUCAAGCAUUAUUCAGAAGGAAGAGAACAAAAGAAGGAAUGAGGCUUUUCAGAGAAAUGAUAGAAAAGAGCGACCCACCAGAUGCUGUAACAUACAAGAUUGUUUUCCGUGGGCUGUGUAAUGGUGGAGGACCGAUAGAAGAGGCUGUUGAUUUUACAGUUGAGAUGUUGGAGAAAGGAAUACUGCCAGAGUUUCCAUCGUUUGGUUUUUUGGCAGAAGGGCUUUGUUCUUUAUCAAUGGAGGACACUCUCAUUGAACUUAUCAAUCUGGUGAUGGAGAGAGCAAAAUUGUCGAAAAGGGAAACCUCUAUGAUCAGAGGCUUCCUCAAGAUCCGUAAGUUUAAUGACGCCUUGGCCAAUCUUGGUGGUAUCUUGGAUAUGCAAAAUUCUAGAAGAUAUUGA